GGCACACAGCGACGCGGUCGAUAUGCCGUGUGAAGUUGGCUGCAGACGCAUGCGCGCGACGCGCUUCGGAUCUCGAGCAACUUCGCGACGGUCCACAGUGGCAGCCCGGAAGCGCAAGGUGUUGGAUUUAUGUUUUUGUCGCUCAAUUUUCUCGUGUCGACUCCGUGAAAAAUCGCACCUAAAUGUAAACAACACGUAAGGCGUACUUGAAAGAUUCAUUCGCAGCGUCGUACAUCAAGCUUGGACAAGAUGUCGACGUCAGCAAUAUACAUUUUGGACGUGAAGGGCAAGGUGCUAAUUUCGCGGAAUUAUCGCGGCGACAUCGAGACCGGUGUCAUAGAAAAGUUUAUGCCGCUGGUGAUGGAGCGCGAGGAGGAGGGCAACCUCACGCCCAUCAUUCAGACUCCGGAGUGCACAUAUGCCUACAUAAAGUAUAACAAUCUGUACAUUGUGUCCACGACUAAAAAGAAUGCGAAUAUAUCCCUGGUCUUUGUAUUCCUGCACAAAGUGGUGCACGUCAUGCAGGAGUAUUUCAAGGAACUGGAGGAAGAGAGUAUAAGAGAUAAUUUUGUUGUCAUCUAUGAAUUGCUCGACGAGCUAUUGGACUUUGGCUAUCCUCAGACCACCGACAGCAAGAUUCUGCAAGAAUAUAUAACUCAAGAGGGCCAUAAGCUGGAGAUUCAACCUAGAAUUCCAAUGGCCGUGACCAAUGCUGUCUCGUGGCGGUCGGAGGGCAUCAAGUAUCGUAAGAACGAGGUCUUCCUCGACGUGAUAGAGUCGGUGAAUCUCCUGGCGAACGCCAACGGGAACGUCCUGAGCUCGGAGAUCGUGGGCGCCAUAAAGAUGAGGGUCUACCUGUCGGGCAUGCCGGAGCUGCGGCUGGGUCUCAACGACAAGGUGCUGUUUGAGUCGACGGGCCGCGGCAAAUCGAAAUCCGUGGAGCUGGAGGACGUCAAGUUCCAUCAGUGCGUGAGGCUCUCCCGGUUCGAGAACGACCGGACGAUCUCGUUCAUCCCGCCGGACGGCGAGUUCGAGCUCAUGUCGUAUCGGUUGAACACGCACGUGAAACCGCUGAUAUGGAUCGAGUCGGUGAUCGAGCGGCACGCCCACAGCCGGGUGGAGUACAUGAUAAAGGCGAGGUCGCAGUUCAAGCGCCGCUCCACGGCGAACAACGUGGAGAUCGUGAUCCCGGUGCCGAACGACGCGGACUCGCCCAAGUUCAAGACCACGAUCGGCAGCGUCAAGUACUCGCCGGAGCAGAGCGCCAUCACGUGGAUCAUCAAGUCCUUCCCCGGCGGCAAGGAGUACCUGAUGCGGGCGCACUUCGGGCUGCCGUCGGUGGUCGGCGAGGACGUCGAGGGCAAGCCGCCCAUACAGGUCAAGUUCGAGAUACCGUACUUCACCACGUCCGGCAUUCAGGUGCGAUACCUGAAGAUCAUCGAGAAGAGCGGCUACCAGGCGCUACCGUGGGUGCGCUACAUCACGCAGAACGGCGACUACCAGCUGCGGACGAAUUAGCUACGCGACAACGUGGCCGAUGAGUGUCUCAGGAUCUCGGGCGGCUUCGUCGAGUACGACGACUAGAAGACGCGCGUAGCUGCACGGAGUUUUUCGCGAGGAUCGGAAUCGAUAUUCGUUUAUCCACGAUGAAAUACGAAUGAAUGACGGCCAGUGAGAAAAAUGCGUAGAACGCGAUGUAGAAAUAAAUCGAGUUUUCAAACGCUGAUUCCGCAUUUUUCGGGAAAAAAAAAAAAAAUUCACAUUCCGAGCGAUCCACGGUAUUUUAAUUUCCUGAAACGGGCUAACGCGUUCGCCUUCGAAAACUUUUAACAUUUGAAAUACGCGUUUGAAGAGUACUUAAUAUAUAUAUAAAAAAAAAACUAGAUUUCACAUUCGGCGUCGCGAUCUUUAUAAAUGUCUCAAUUUACUUUUUAAACAUGAUGACGAUAUAGAGUGGUAGCGUCUAAUAAAAAUACAAUGAAUCUUGCGACAGGAUCUUGUAAAUAUAACGGCAAUUUAUUUUGUAACAUUUUCCUUCGACAAGGCGAGUUUACGAAUGGGCAGAGAGCUCGGUAUUGAUUUAAACUUUAAAAUAGUAUUUUAUCAAUGAUGAUUAAUGUAUACCAACAUCAUGUUUAAUAAUCGCAAUAUUACUGCUGUAUGCCAUUGCGAUGUUAAUGUAAAAUAGCAUGAAGAUAUAUAUAUAUAUAUAAAAUUUUUAAAAGGAA